CAAAGGGCUGCCGCUUCGCGUCGGAACAACAGCAGCCGCACCCCAGUCACCCCCGCCCCCCACCCUUUCUCCUAAUUUUUUUUUCGUUCGUUGAUUUUGAUUCGAGAAACCCUCGGAGAUGGUGAAAUUGUUUUGGUUGGAAGCUGUUCUUCCGAUGGGAAUCAUCGCCGGGAUGCUGUGUGUGAUGGGCAACGCCCAGUACUUCAUCCACAAAGCCGCCCACGGAAGGCCAAAGCAUAUUGGGAAUGAUGUGUGGGAUGUGGCGAUGGAGCGGAGGGACAAGAAGAUCAUGGAGCAAUAUUCUUCCGCCGGGAAUUAGAACUGGUUGUCCAUGGGAGGGGCUCAUCGCAGAUGGUAAUAAUGUUCCUUCAAGUAUUGGAGACAAUGAGCUUUAAGGCACCUUGUGCCAUGUUUUUAUUUGGUCUUUUUCUUAUUUAUGCACAUGAGAACCCCUCUUUGGUCGAAGUGGAGAAUUCCAGUUAAAAUAUUGUAGAUGGUUGGCUGGUUCAUUAACUGGGGCCAUAAGUCUGUGAACACUGAACAAUUGGAGAAUGUUGGAUUGUGCUCUUGUUUUGAAUCGAUCAAAUUACUUCAUGUCUUUGCUUUCAGAUA